UUAAAGAGCGGAAGUGGAAUUUUAUUAAUCGUAUCGCAUCGUGAACCGUAGGCUACCUAAAACCUUGUUUUAACUUUUGCAAGCUGGUAAAGAAAAAAAAUUACAUUAAAUGACAUCGAUCGUGUGGUAGUUUAGAGAUUGUAUUGCAUUUGCAUUAUUGUAUUGCAAUUGCAUUAUUUCUGGGACAACGUAGCCUAAGUCAGAGGACUGCUGUCUGUAAGUUAACCUUGCAACCGUGGUAACCUAUUUCGUUUUCAUCGCCUAAAGAAACAGGACUAUGAGUCGUUUCUUUUAUCUACCCAGAUAUUUCGCUAACUCAUUGUCAUCUUUCCUAUGUUCCUGGUAUUUCAAUGAGACCAGAAUUCCCUUGGCUAAAUAAUCUAGAUUCUGGAAGUUUGCCGACAAUGGAGAGUCCUCAUAUUGGUGUUGUCCGGGAUUCCAUGUUGACAAACCCACGUUUAAUACGGCCCUCCCUGGGAAGGUCCAAGUCAAAAGGUCUGGCGUGCCCAGGACCAGAUUUUGUAUACGGGAUGGUGACCACCAUUCAAGAUGGAGGUGUAGCUGAAGCCAUCUCUAAUUGGCACUGCCCGUCAGCUGAGGGCCAGCGUUCUGGCGCCCCCCACAGACCGGAGAGGGACUUUGUGUGUCUGAACCGUGAGGGGGUGAAGUCGGGCGUGGUCACGGCCAAGGAGCUGCGGCAGUACCGGGACACGCAUGACAUCAGGCGCCCGGCGCCCGCCCGUGGAGUCGCCCGCCGCUCCAUGCCAACCCUCGUGCCCCCUGACCUGACCUUUGGCAUCUCCACACGGCCGUCCACGCCCAUCGGGGAGCUCCUGCAGCAGCAGUACCGCCAGCGCUGGAUACAGCAGCAGCUCCACACACACUCCGCACUGCAGGGGCAACACCACAAGAGGCAGCUGGGGAGGAUCCAGGACACUCGGACGUCAACGCUGCGGAAGAGUCGACCCACCGGGGUGAGCGCCCCUUUGUGGACGCUGCCUCGAUUCCAGCAGGUGGGUCCAGCUCUGGACACGUUCAGGGAUGCGGCGGCCAGACAGAGAGCCCUCAAAGCCCAGCAGGCUGAUGCAGCCCGAAGACCAGGAGCACUUGGACAGGGCACCAGCACCAAGGACUAGCGCACACACACACACACACACACACACAAAGAAUCAUACUCACACACCCAUAAUCACAUGUUCAAUCAGGAGCAUACUUAGUGUGUACUCUGAGACUGACUUUUCUGCUCAGCAUUAGGUAUUAUGUACUCAUGAUUUAAUCAUUUUGGUUUCAUUUCUAAUUAGCGGUAUCUUCUCUAAUAAUUAGGUUAGUUAAAGUCACAGUUAUAGCAUCUGAUCACUGGCAAAUUAUCUGAUUUGUGUUUGUGAAAAUUCAUAAUUACUAUACCUGACAAAAAAGAAGUUUUUCAGGACAUCUUCAGUGUCUAUUUCCGUUUCUCAGUCUUUUGAGGGGGGCACGUUUAAGUCCUUUAGUCUUUUGAGUCUUUUUAACACAGGUGAUUAAGUAAUAAGCUCUGCAGGCUCAGCGAAUCCAAGUUAAUCCUCUUUUAAUCGAAUGUCAGACAAAAGUGUGUGUGGGUGUUUCGGGUUGUAUGCAAGCCACCUGCCUCCGCCCCAAAACCGUUAGACAAAUGACUAAGAAGAAUGUGUUCACAAAGCAUUCCUAUUUAGUUUCCCACCUUGGAUUUUCAAGCAUGCCACAUAUAUACAAUCAAUGCAUAAAUUAUUAUGUAUUAGUGAUCUGAAUGAUUGUCAGUAAUAAUUUGUUGAUUGUUUUCUAGUAAUAAAAAAGGUCAGUCUCGCCUGUUAAAAUAAACUACUUAAUUGUU